CCAAGAUUCUAAUAUAAAUAGCGGAACUGCAUCCACUGGAUCAUCACCUCCAACAAUACAGUUGGUGACCAGCAGCAAUAUCCUGAGGCACCAUGCAGAUCUUGGUGGUGCUUCUUGUUGCCACAGUUUGUGCCUUGGGGCAUGCUAGGCUCCAGUUCAGCAAGGUGAAGUAUCCACAGGAUUCCUUGGAUGUUCAAGGUUACAGCAUCUCGGCCGACGCCCAAGUAGAAGCUGGGUACAACAUUCCCAACGACCAGGUAGUCUCGUACUUCCUCAGAACCAUUUUCGUUUCCUUGGGAGGAUCAGAGCCUCGCUACUUAGUUGAGCUGAUCAACACCAAGGUUUUGAGGCAAAUUCAGCAUCAUCCAAGAAGUGUGACACCGGUCUUAAGGGAUGUAUACAUAGAACUUAAACGAUGCGUUUACGGUCUCCAGCUUCCGGUGGGAUUCAAACGUGCCUUUCUACACAACAUAUACAAGUACUUCGAACUCUUGCCACAACUUAAACUAGGAGGGCCGAGGUCUGAGGAAGAACUUUACUGUCAGACCAAAAUUAUAGUAACUCUAAUCGAAGCUUGCAAAGGUGUUCCAUUAGAGCCUAAAAGUAUAAGGAUAUUGUUGGAUGCCACUGUCCUCCUAAUUAGACUGGUUAGUGGACCCUUAGAGGAACUACCGCCGCCAGUCCAUGAAAGUCAAACUGAAGUUAACAUCACGAUUGACGUAGAGGUUCAGCAGAAUGUAGAACUCGCACCUCCUCUAGAUAAUGAAUACAAAUUCUUUGAAAUUACACAAGAAUCCUAUGAGUAUGGUCCUGGUCCAGAAGAGUAUGUGGCACCAGAGGAACCGCAAGAAUAUGAACAACCACAAUUUGAGAUCAGUAUGGAAGCUAACAUGACUUUCGAAGAACUGUCAUAUGAAGAACAAUUUCCAGAACCAGUUGUCGAACCGUCGCCUGUACCGGUCCCGGAACGAUUCCAGGAAAAGCAUGAGCUAAGGCUGGAGUUUGAGCAAAAGUACGAAUCUGAAUCUGGCCUGUUGCCCCGACAGGAUUAUCCAGGUGAUCGUCCGGGUUAUACUAAUAUUUCUUUUGAAUUAGAAGAAGACGAAUCCUAUCCACCCGAAAAUACACAUCUGCCUCUAGUAGUGGAAGAGGAAGAAAUAGAGGCAAAUAUCUCCAUUACGUAUGAGAAUAAUCUGGUGCCAUAUAUAGAACAGCCUGUGUAUCAAACAGUCAAUGAAGAUCUUACAGUCAAUAUCACUAUAGAACGGGAAUCAGUGGAGUUAGUUGAACCUAGCACUGAACUGGCUGUUCCAGAAAUGCCAGACGUCGUAGAAAGCUACUAUUCGGAAAUUUCGAUAGACUGGGAUCUCUAUUAUGGAAAUAAUCCUGACGACAACACACCGUCAUAUAUUCCAACGCCUGAACCUGUACUCAACGCUGUAUCUCCCUUGAAGGAGACACUUGAAACGCUUGUUGGUGGGAAUCAGCCCUUGACACUCUUACCAGAGGUUGUUGAGACAGCUAAAAUUGUGAAUAGAAUCAAAAUUGACAUCAAAAUCAGCAUUGAAAGGAUUGUCGGUACGCUCAUUGGCUACCGCCCUGGACUUUGUGAAGUAGUUAGACAGGUGUACAGUCUAACAGCUUCGUUACUACAUACUACAGUACCACAAAAUAAUCCAAGAACAAUCGAUAUUUUGGUUAAAGUAAUCCUAAGUUCCCUGCGUAACGCACAACCGAGCAUUCUUCGAGUGAUCGAAGGUGUUUUGUCAAAAUUGUUCUCAAAAAUACUUAUGCCAUCUACAUCUCCUCUUGAUGAGAUUCUCAAACAGGUUAUACCCCUAAUAAAGCAAUUGGAGUCGAUAUGGGACAAGUUGCCCCACCGACCAAGACUGACCCCUCAGAAAUUGAUUCCUUACAUACAUAGCGUUAUCAAGAUGGUUCAUCAAGUCAAGGUGUCAGAACAACGUCUUCCACGACUCUUGGCCGGACAUCAGAACUCAAUCUUUGAAAAGAUAGUAAGAAAAAUAUAUUCCUCGGUGACAAAUAAUGGAGAUUGUACAAACAGGGAAAUUGUGCAACUGAGACAUGACAUACACAAUUUGAAAUUGGACUUUCCAGAUGCCCAGUUAUCAGUGCUGAAAGAGGUAGUUGAACAAUUACAUGUUCUUGACAGCUCACUUAAAGCCAGUUGCAGCAAUUCUCUGAUCCACAGAUACGUGAAAGACUUUGAGUACUCCUUAUUCAAAUAUUGGGGCAUAGAGAAACAGCCAGAUAUGACGGACCUCUUUGUCCAACCAAUUGUGAAAUCCGCGCUUUUCCAUGAUCUCGACAAAAAUUUGUGGGGCAACAUUGAGGACCUUCUAGCGGCUCUAACUGGUACAUCUAAUGCACCUGUCUCACCUGAGAAACUAGCUAAGAUCAGCAUGUUCAUUAAAAGGUUCUAUAGAAGGACGAUAAUAAAUACUCCUAAUAAUUAUGAGAUUAACAAUAUUGGAUUGAGGCUUGCCAGUUUGAUAACGGGUGCAUUCAGUAUACCGCACGUGGUGGUUAACCAAUUUAGGAGUACAAUCGUGAAAGGAUUGAUCCUGGUUAGGGAUGUGCAUCACGGAAAGAGGGAGGUUCAAAAUGUAGUGCUUUCAGUUAAUAGUAUUAUAGCUGACAUAUCGAAGGUAUUGCAAAAUUCACCAGUUUUGCAAGCACCUACCCACCCACUGGUUUCAAAAAUAAAAAUCACGAUUGUGAAGAGCAUCGUUCGCUAUGCCACAGAAAUACAGGAAUACCGAAAUACAGUAUGCAGGUACGUGGAAGAGCUAAAGAAGCAACAAAGGGUUGCCGAAAUAUCGUUAGAACAAUUGGAAGUGCUUUUGUACCGUCUACCACCCAUAGUAAAGGAAAUGACCAAAUGUUCAGAGAUCCUGCCAUACAACUCACAUACAUACUUGCAACGCCUGCUUAUAACUUUGGCUGGUAGAGACGUGCCGGUUGAUUUGUCCUACAGAUUAAUCAAUAUGGUCAGACAACUCAGAAACCAAAGAUGUGAAAAUGAUGUUCCUUUACCAGAAUCACUAGCCCGCAUAGAAACUUCCCUGUCAGGCAAAGUAUACAAAAAACGCCAACUAAAGAUAGCAAUAAGGAAGAUCUUCACCCAGGUUGCCUUCGCUAACUCUGUGAACUCUCGUUUGAACAAACAUCUGCUCUACACUAUUCAGCACUUAUUAGGAGUUCUCCAGCCACAUGUAAUCACCGAUGACGUGACAGCUGGUAGUUUGGUGUCUGCUGUAAGGGAUUGGGUUUCAGGUUUGAUACAAGCUGUCAACCAACCGAGAAAUAUAGACCAACUGAGGCACAUUGUUGCCAGAAUGUGUUUGAUGUUCACGAAUGUAUUACGACCACACCAAAGGGAACCACUGCCAGAGCUAAACAGUCGGUUCUUUGUACUCAGCAAGGCGAUUGUGAGAUGGUUCCAGGAAUCGUCACCUAGACCACUGGGAGAAUACACCAGAGAAAUCAUUUCAGGUAUCGUUCAGGUUCUGAAGCCUUUGAAUAAUAACGUGGACGAGUCGCAUCUAUCCGCAGUCCUAAAUAUAAUGGUGAUUCAUCUGCAAGGCUAUGCUGUGAACAAGGAUGACACACUGAAUAAUCCUAGCGUAUACUUAACCAAUUGGUUACUGGAACUACUGGGCAAGGAAGUUGUGCCAAAUCAAAAGCAACAGAUCAUUUAUCGUACAAAAAUUGUACUUGCCACGUUGCGAAACCAAUGCUCUUGCGUCACUAGACGUCCUACAGUCAAAAUUCAACCUCUAACUCAAGACUACAUCAAGUUCCUCCAGGUAACAUUAAACAUAAAGAUUGAGUAUGAGAUUCAAAACAUGCUCCAGCAGAUACUACUGAAGCUGGCUUUGACGGUAGAGAGCACAGUGAUGAAACCAAGCGUGCAAUCUUUACCAGCUCCAUACGAGUACCUCAGACCAGGGUAUGUAGACACUUGCAGUAAUCGUGCGCCAUCAGUUUGGGUUCCAGCUGGUGAACACAGCUUAAGCCAAUUGUGGGACCUCAACCUGAUCACAGCUCUGGAUAACGUGAAGAAAGGCAUUUUGCUGUUCCUCGACGACUACAGUGGCCUUGAUCUGACGAGAAAUAUCAAGGAAGUUCUAGAUACCAGCCUCUCAGCUAUUAGCAACGAUGCCAUCAGUCAUUCAGAAAGGUUGUCCUUCUCCAUAAAGCUGGUACUUAGGAUCAACAACGGUGUUGUGGUUCCUGGCAAUAGUGACACGCUCAAGAAAGUUAGAGAAAUCGUUGAUUUGUCCGAUUUGCUGUCAGGUAUAAGGAUUUCUGGAGUUUACCACAGAGAACCACAAAGAGUCUCUCUGAUCAUCAAGAAACUGCUGAUAAAGAUAUCAGGGCUGUAUGGUUGCGCGCCGUCUUCACAAUUCACCCAGACUUUCCAGCAGCUUAUUCUAUACGUGCUAAGGACAAGAACUGCACCUGAGAUCUCAGUCCUGCAUCGCCAUAUUGUACAAGUGUCUCAAGCUGCACAUAUUCACUGGGGACACGUAGUCAUUCCAGCUAAGCGAGUUUCUCUAGACAUUGGUCUGAGAAACCUGUUGGUGAAUGUAGUAAGAAGAAUUGUCGUCCAAGAAAUACAAGUGAACACCUGGGAACCUUGCUUUGAGCAGCUCAAGCCUCUUGUGCGUGCAAUUUCAACAAAAGCUAACCCUAACACACUUGUAGAGCUACUGAAGCAAGUUGUGGCUCCAGUUCAUAGCAGCUUCCAAUGCAGCUCAAUAAGUCAAACAUCGGUAUCUAGAAGUGUCGCAAGCCUGCUACAUGUCCUUGGUGGCUCAUCUUAUCAGGUCGAUGUAAGACAAUAUUUAGCAUUUGAUUAUUUGGUGAACAACGUGAGGGAGAUAGCGUGCAUGAAGAACAGACCACAGAAUAAGCCUGACUACAUAGUGAACGAUUUUGGGAGAUACCUGCAAAGGAUGGGACUGCCACAAGACAUCGCCAGGACACAUUUACACCGACUAUUCUCGGUUAUGAUCGAAAACCUGCACUCAAACACAGAUGUGUUCCUCUCGAACGUAAGACCAGUCAUACCAGCUUUAGUACAGGGUAUAUUCAAAAGUCUGCGCGUUACAGUUCAACAAGUCGAGUCACAACGCUUGACUAAACUGUACGAAAACUUGCUGGUGUCCAUUAAGCACAAGGUGUUCCAAGAGAGACAAGUCCAGACUAUUGUAAAGAUCGUAAGCUCAUUAGUACGACAUCCAAAUAAUGAUCACUUGCAUUACGGAUUGAGCAUCGCUUUCUACCAUCUCACUAGGUCCAUCACCGAAGAUAAUGGUUACACAAAACAUCCUAGGGUGGUACAAUUCUUACAAAACGUGAGAGUAGCGCUGACUAUAUUUGCAGUGAACCGCGUCUCAUUGAAACCAUCUCGAAUCCUUAUCGGUAGCAGAAUGCCGCCAGAACAGUAUCCAACCCUCAACACAGCUCUGUUUAUACUGGCCAGGUCUCUACAGGCCCACCAGCCUCAUCAAUCAGACGGUCCUCUAUUCGAUGCGCUGCUGCAGGUGAUUCGUGAAACCAAGACGACGUCGGUACCUUCGGAAUUGAUCCUACCUUUACAUCAAAUCAAGAAAGAAACUGUGGACUUCCAAGCUCAGCUUAUACGUACUCACGUUUCCUCUACACUACACCACUCAGUGAUGAUGAAGACUGUUGGCGUUAUUGAUGAGUUCAUUAACAAAUUGGAGACCCACUUUGGAAACAUUUUGCCAAAACCAGUAAGAGAAGCACCAUUGACCGACGGCGUUCCAGAAAUGGACAUAUCAGAGCUGGCAUCAACUGACGACCUAUUUGCUGAGUUCAAAGGGCCUGUUGGACUGUCUUCAGCAAGGUCGUCAGCCAAUAUCGAAGCUGUGCUCUUUGUAGACUCUAGUUGCCUUUCUAAUCCAGAAUGUGAGGCACUUCUGAAUUACUGGAGAAACACCAAAAACCAAUAUUCCGGAAUUCGACAAGCGUACGUCGUCUGCGACGAGCAGCCUCAGACAUGUGUCCGAGCUAGAAUAUCUGUCCAAGGUCAGCCCCAACUGGUCACGUACUUAGGAGACGGAAGACAAAGAGCUGAGAAAGAAAGAAGAUACGUGCAGUCCAUUGCUGAACUGAAGAGCUCGUUGUUGGAGAUAUCGGAUGUGUAUUAGUGAUUAAAUAUGCAUUGAUUGCAUUUACGUAGGUUACAAAUAAAAGGGGUCUGCAUUUAUUUG